CCACGUCCACGUACAGUGUAAACGAUCAAGUGGAUUUGAAGGCAACCUUUUUAACCUUCUGUACUUCGUUACUACGACGCCAAAUAAGUCACGGUGCGCGUGCACGAUGGAGUCGGACGCGAGCCGCGUGUCGUCGCCGGACACGGACGCCGUGUUUCUGUCCACGCUGCGCCGCCCCGCGCACGCGCACGCGCACGGCUUCCCGGGCGCCGUGUCGUCCACGCAGGGCGACUCCCCCACGCACCGUCCCCACGCGGGCGGGCACGACGACGACGACGACGACGCGCUUUCCGCGGCGGCGCGCGCGGCCUCCAAGAAGGAGCGCAAGUUGCUGUCCGAGAACGAGCUUCAGUCCAUCCGCCUGAAGAUCAACAGUCGCGAGCGCAAGCGCAUGCACGACCUGAACGUGGCUAUGGACGGUCUGCGCGAGGUCAUGCCCUACGCGCACGGGCCGUCCGUGCGCAAACUCUCCAAGAUCGCCACCUUGCUCCUGGCCAGGAACUACAUCCUCAUGCUCAGCUCCUCGCUGGAGGAGAUGAAGCGCCUGUUGGCGGACAUUUACGGCGGCGGGGGAGCAGGGGGAGCGGGGGCAGGAGGCGGCGGAGGGGCCGCGCACCACGCCGGCUUCCACGCUUCCAUGACGCACCCGCACCCGCACCCGCACCCGCACCCGGCCGCGGUGGCGGCGGCGGCGGCGGUGGCGGCCGCGGGGCCGCACGGGGUGCACCACCCGCUGCUGCCGCCCCCUCCUCCGCCUCCGCCGCCCUCCGCCAGGGCCCCUGUACACGGACUCCUGAAGGCCCCCGCGCCCGGCCCGGGCCCGCUGGGGGCCGCUUUUCAGCACUGGGGGGUCGCCGCCGGGAUGCCGUGCCCGUGCAGCAUGUGCACGGUGCCGCGCCUGCAGGCGGGAGACUCCAAGUGACGCCCCCCGGAUCCGCCCCCCACCCCCUCACGAACUGCUUGUCCUCCCCGCGGGAAUCUGCUCCUCCGCUGGUGACAUGUAAAUAGUUGUACAGUCCAGCCACACACACUGGAAAACAGAAAA